AUGCCACCAUUUGUUGACUUGAUGGCUUCAUUCGGUCGCAACGCUGCAGAUGAUUUUCAAUAUUGUGGUUUCAGGAGCGAGGCACGACUGUCUACGAGAAAUAUCGCUUUGGCAGUGCCUGAGCUGGGCAGGUCGGGACAGGUCCUGGAAAUCUGCUACAGUCUACGCGCGGUCGAGCCUAGCACUUCGAUCCCAGGCUCGCCGUGGUCCAUCAAGCAAUUGGCCAUCGCUCACACCUUCGAUGUUAAGACUGGUCAAUCAGCCUGGGUGGUCUUGAAAGCCGACAACUUGAUCAAGGACCGCAUAAUGUCAGCUACACGAUCUGCCGGCUUGCCAGACAUGAAUUCGUAUCAGGAUGUUGACGAGUCUUUGGCCUCAUCGUUGACAUCCCACCUUGUAUUUUGUGAAUGGGCUGCGGAGCACUGGAGAUGGUACGUCAACUUCUUGGAGCAAGAGGUCCAGGACAUCACUGGCACAACGACCUUCAGCAAUAUAACGGCCCCGUCAUGCCUUGGAGCCGCGCAGAGAGCCAUGUCAAUGAUCGCUCCCGUAGCCAGAUUAGGCACGUUCCCGUUCUUCAAGACUCUUAGCCGAAUCAGCACAUGGGGAUCGAUUCGCCGAAAUUCACGGCCAUCGAAAGGGAGCGACAGUGAUAUGAGCGGAUCAACUGUCUCUCCAACCGGAACACUUCAAAGUGGCGCGGCUGAAGCGAUAACAGAAAAGGACGCCGAGGAAGAAGAAGAUGGCGAAGAGCACAGCUUUUCGCUCAAAGACAUACAACGCUUGCAAUUCAUCGAGGACAAGAUCAAUGAAGCCAUACUUGUCCAAACUACCAUAAUCAAAGUUCUGGAACAGCUCCGCACAUUCUAUGCAAGUCUACAAGAACUCCCCGAGUGGCCGACAGGACUGUCGCGGGAGUGUAAAGGCAGUCUUGCUCGCUUCAACGGCCGUCUCGGAAAUAUCGAGUUCGAUCUCAAUCUGCAAGUCACGCGAGCGAAAACGCUUGCCACACUGUUAGCAAAUCGUAAAACCCUGCUUGGCCAGAUUAUGGAGUGGAGGAGCACCGAAGCCAUAAAGAUGAUCUCGAAGCAGUGUCAUACAUCCACCGAGCACAUGGAAUCUAUGACCGUUGAAAUGCGUGAGCUUGCAGUUAAAACGAAGCAAGAGACUGUUUCUAUGCGAAUCAUCACACUGGUGACCUUGUUCUUCCUGCCUGGGACAUUCAUUUCCACCCUCAUGAGCACAGAUAUCGUUCGGUUUGAUCACUCGAAGGAGAUGUUUUCCAUGGCGGCAUUGAAACUGUUCCUGGCAAUAUCCUUGCCGAUGAUGUUCCUUACUUUUGUCGCCUGGUAUGCUGUGUACUGGUACGUUAACAACAGGGCGCGGUUCCAAAGAUUGGGGAGUCAAUUGCACCUAAGAGGGGAUUCAGCCCUAGGGUCACUGCGCGUCUAG